AUUACAACCUAAUUUGAUCAGUUCUUCACAAGACCUCGAUGGCAAUGUUUUGUUAAACAAAUAUUCUUUACCUAAUUUGGCCAGUUUUUCACAAGAAUUUGAUGACAAUAUUUCAUUAAAUAAGAAUUUUUUAUCAAAUUCGGUCAAUUCUUUACAAGUCCUCGAUGAUGAUAUUUUGUCAGACGAAAAUAGCUUCACUAUUGAUUCCUCUGGUGAUGACGAAGAAUUUCAGUCAGUUGAUGAGAAAUCUUCUUCAGAUGAACUAUUGUUAAAUGAUAAUGAAUCGUUUGCGACACCUGAAUAU